CACACCCGGGGGCGGCGCCCGGCCGGAGCAGAGCACAAAACACUUUCUCCCAAGUUUUCGCGCAGCUUCCACGUCCCAGCUGGGACCAGCACUCGGGGCCCCUGUCCAGAGGCCCGUGGCUCCCCACCCCACCCCAGCCGCCUCCCCUCCCCGCGCCUCCGCUCCAACCCAGGCCCGCACCAUGGGCCGCUCCUACGGAGGCCGGGUGCUGGCCGCGAUGACCCUGCUGGGCAUCCCAGCCGCCGUGCUGGUCGCGCUGGCUGCGCAGCUGCUGUUCCAGCUCCAGGCGGGGCGCGCGGAGCUGCGGGGUGUGCGCACCGACGUGCCGCACCCGGAGCUGGACCCCGACGCGGGGCUUCCUGAAGCUGCGGCUGGGGCCUUGCUGCCGCUGGCGACUGCGCUGGCCGCGCUGGCGCAGGUCCUCGGGCUUAGCUGCCUGCUGCUCGCCGCGCUCUGCGGACACCUGGGCGCCGAGCUGGCACGCGGCCCGGGGCCCGGCAGGUCGGACUGGUUUCUGUAUGACUGCCGCCUCCUCAGGCACUCGGCGCUUGGCCUGUUCUGCUGUGGGGUCUCCGUCUACUUAGCAGCACUGGCCAUUUACACCCUGCUGCUCUUCGAGAUUGAGGCGGGCGCAGCAGCUGCAUCUAUCCUGGGCUCAGGUGCCCUGGUCCUGGUGGCGGUAAUGACUCACACCCUGCUCCGGGCUGUUCGGGCCGCUCGCCGGGGUCUCCAUGAGCUGUCCCCACCAUCCUUGGAAGAUGAGCCAGCCCGACCUUCAGAAGACUCCAGAGUUGGCUGCAGGGCUCAGCCCCAGCAGGAUGAGGAAAUGGAGGCCUCAGUAGGGGCUGUGACUCACCAGGGUUCCCAUUUCUGAGCAUCAGAGCCUGGACUUGCACCCAGGUCCUGUGACCCCGCUCCCAUGUUCCUGGAAGAAGGCUCCAGUCCUAGACCUUCACUCCCCGACACUCCCUGGGAGCUGUGGACAUUCGCAUGUGUGGGGCUCAGAGCAGCCCAAGGCUGAGUGGGCUGUGCCUCAGUUUCUUUAUCUGUGACGUGGAGACUGGAGGGAGACGCAGAAGCUGCGUACAGUAGGCCCAGUACACAGCAGCCACUGUCUUAGUUGUAUAGUUGCUGUAACAAAGUAUUGACAAGACCCACUCAAGGAAGAAAAGGGCUUGUUCCGGCCAGAGCUCCAAGUUCAACCCCCAUCCUGCUUCCACUUCUUUGUCCUAGUCACCCUGCGGUUGCCGUGAUAAAACACCCUGACAAGCCCCUUGUUGGGGAGCAAGGGCUCAUUCUGGCUCACACUUUGAGGGUGUGUCCGUCACUGCAGGGAAAGAGCGCGAGGCAGCCAUCACAUGGCCCUCAGGAAGCAGAGAGAGAUGACCUGCUGCCUCAGUUAACCAGCCUAGAGACUGCCACCCUCGCCUGCCCAGAGGCUGGGCUCCGAGGCGGUUCUGGAUCUGCUGAGGUUGACAAUGCUAGCCUGCACGCGUGUGGAAGCAGGUGACCGACCGGAUGAAGCCCGUGGUCCACAGAGGUCUCCACCCCUUUCCAGACUGCACAGCCCCAGGAAUGCCUCAGAUGGUGGCUUGCUCUGCUUGGCUGCUUUUGUUUUUUUAAGACAGGGUCUCAUGUAGCCGAGACUGUGCUGGAAUGCUCUGUGCAGCCAUCAAUGGCCUUGGACUCCUGCUGCGCCCCCCACCCCACCCCGUGCCUCAGGACCUUUAGAACUGCUGCACCCUAGGCCCUCACUGGCCUCUCCCUCCUCUGGUCCCUUCUCUUCUUGAGCCCUGGCAUUCUCCAAGGCUCUGAGAGAGCUGCUGAAGGACAAAGCUGAGCCCCGCCCUCCCUGUGGACACCCCCUGGGAGCAGAGAAAGACAGCUUGGUUCAGUCAUCUUGGGACUGGCCAGGCCAGGCGGGAGCCAAGCAGGCGGGUGGGAGACACCUGAUCCAGGUGUGGCAGGAUGUGGCUCCCUCCUCCAACAGCCUGCCUGGAACUUGGCUUUUAAAGAUUUUGACUUCUGUUUGCUUCAGUCUUUCA